AAAAGCAUAACCAAAUCCCAAAUUUUCCUUCAUCUUUUUAACAAUCAAAUGAACAAAAACAAAAAUAUAUAAGCAAAAAUAAAUAAAAAUAUUCAUUCAUUCUUCAAAUCUGAGCAAUUUUCCUGGAAUUUGUAAGACAUGCAGAAAGAUCACACCUUCACUCAGAUCCUUGUAGCCUCCUCAAUCGGCAUCAUCAUUGCCGCCGCGCUGCAUUACCGCCUCCGAAAGCACAAGGAUCAGAAGGUCAUCCCCCGCCUCAAGGUUUCCGACUCGAACCGCGUUCAUCACAAGCUCGAGAGGUUCCCCCACUAUGUAGCUAGGCAGCUGGGAUUCAAAGACAGAAGAGAAUGUCCACAGCUCUGCAAGCUAGCCACUGAAUACAUUAGAAAGUUUGAGGGGUUUGAGGAAGAUAUCUACAACUUCUUUUCCAGUGAACCGGAUGCGGAUUCUCUGUUUGUGAAGCUCGUCGAGGAGUUUGAGAGAUGCAUCCUCAGUUAUUUUGCAUUUCACUGGAGCCAAGCUGAUAUGAUGAUUACUCAGAUCUUGAGUUGUGAUGCUGAGCCCAAAAAGAAGCUCAACAUUGUCAUGGCGGCAACCAGAGAACAGAGAUUCGAGAGAGUGACGAAAAAUUUGAAGGUGGCUAGAGUUUUCACUAACUUAGUGGAGGAGAUGAAGGCGAUGGGACUCGCACAGCCGGAUGACUCAACGUGCACAGAGGUGAUGGCUCCGGUGGCUCAUGCUGACAGAAGUCCGGUCCUCCUGCUCAUGGGAGGUGGAAUGGGAGCAGGAAAGAGCACUGUGUUAAAGGACAUUCUCAAAGAACCAUUCUGGCACGGAGCAGCGGGGAAUGCUGUAGUGAUUGAGGCAGACGCCUUCAAAGAAUCAGAUGUCAUAUACAGAGCUCUCAGCUCCAGAGGCCAUCAUGACGACAUGCUUCAAACCGCUGAACUGGUACACCAAUCAUCUACGGACGCAGCAUCAUCCCUCCUCGUCACAGCGCUUAAUGAAGGGCGGGAUGUCAUCAUGGAUGGCACACUCUCUUGGGUACCAUUUGUUGUGCAGACGGUAACAAUGGCCAGAAAUGUUCAUCGCCGUCGUUACCGCAUGGGGCCUGGUUACAGGGUGAAUGAGGAUGGAACUGUCACUGAAAACUAUUGGGAACGACUUGACGAUGAAGAACCAGAACAAGUAGGAGGCAGAAAGAGAAAACCGUACAGGAUAGAGCUUGUUGGAGUCAUGUGUGAUGCUUAUCUAGCUGUUAUAAGAGGCAUCAGGAGAGCUAUCAUGGUUAGAAGAGCGGUGCGAGUAAACUCACAAUUGAAAUCCCACAAGAGAUUUGCUAAUGCAUUUCUAACAUAUUGCCAACUGGUUGACAACGCGAGACUAUAUUGCACGAAUGUACUGGAAGGCCCGCCUAAGUUGAUAGGAUGGAAAGACAAAGACAAAACAUUGCUCGUGGAUCCAGAUGAAAUCGAUUUUAAAAGGGUGGGCAGGCUAAAUGACACAGCGAAUUCCAUAUACGAACUUUACAAGCGCCCUAACCCAGCUUAUGAAACCGGGUCAGUCUGGAAGGACAUUGUCUUAUCACCUUCAAGAUUAAACAUUCAAAAGGAGCUGAAGUACUCCAUUCAGAAAGUCGAAAGAUUGAAACAAUAAGCCAACGGUCCCAGCCAGGUAGCAUUUUAAACUUCUUAUCUUCACAGCUCACAAGACGGGAGGAGACAUAGCAAAGGAUCGGAGUUUUCCAUAUUUGCAACCAGCAAGUAUUUGUCAGUGUUGUAGCAAAGACGAGGAGCUUUCUUGUCUGUGUUGUAUCAAAAAUGAGGAGCUUACUCCUAACGUUUAUAUAUAUAGAAGGUGAAGAUUUGCAGGUCAAAAUUCGGAUUUAUCUUCACAGAUGAUCAUAGGCAUAUAUAUGAGAUUGACAAUGUCUGAUUUCCUUGUUGUAUGAACUUCAUUAGGCCAGUUUAGAAAAGAUAUUUCCUUUUUCCUUGUGUUUUCUGUUCUGAUAAACCUAAACUUACCCUUAACAUAAACAUACGGUGUAAUCGAAAUGAAUUAAUGACUUUGAAUUCAGA